UUCACAAGAAAAAGAAAAUAAAAAAUACAUCUCCCUCUGUAAUCUGCUGUAAAUUACGCACUUUAAAUUUAAAUAGAAUUAAUUAUGAUAAUUAGAUAGAGAGUACAAUUUGACGCACAUCCCACAAAUCAGAGGACAGAGACAACUCUCUUUAGCUUUACUCUUAUUUUCUCCCUGUCAAUCUUAUAGCAUGUGCCCAGCAAGAACCCUCAAAAACUAAGUCUCUACCUACUUCAAAUUCCUCUUCAACAAUCCAUGGAAGACGUUUGGAAAGAUAUUAACCUCUCUUGUCUCCAAGAUCGCCGCCGUAGCGCUGCCGUACCCAACGCUAGCAACCACCAUGCUUUUCCCGGUAUGAUCAUUCAAGAUUUCUUGGCUCGGCCAUUUGGAAAGGACCCGGCGCCACCUUCAUCAUCAGGCCCGAUUAAUCACACGCUGUCGUCGUCUGUUGAAGAUCAAGAUUUGUUAAAUCGCGUAGGAUCAAGAAAUACUGCGGCUACUAUAUUGAGCCUGAACUGUGCAAGUAAUGUUGGUUUGCAGAAUCAUUUAACACGUUGUUUGGGUUCAGCUAACGGCGGCACAAACGGUGAAGAGAAUCUUGAGAACUGUAAGGAACGGCGACACAAACGGCAGAUCAAGAAUAGAGAAGCAGCUGCUCGGUCCAGAGCUCGAAAGCAGGCUUACACGCAAGAGCUGGAAGUAGAAGUAGCGAACUUACUGGAAGAGAAUGGUCGGCUUAAAAGGCAGCAAGAAAAGUUGAAGGCAGCUCCUGCUCAGCUUCCAAAAAAGAAGUAUCUCUAUAGAACUUCCAGUGCUCCAAUUUGAGUAGUAACUAAGAAUAAAUUUAUGUUUUCAUUCUAGUUUCCUUUUAAUACUUCUAACCCUAACUCACUGCAAUAGUUUCUAUGUGUUCUUAUCUCUUUAUAAUUUGCUUCGGUAUUACUAAAUUAUGGAACUCUUUUUUAUUAUCGUAA